UCCCUGCUCCCAUCUCCCCCAUCCACACCCCUGCCUGCAGGAGGUGGUCCAAGGGUCCUGGACCUGUUCUUAUGGCCCCAUACCCACUGCUCUGCUGCCACAGGGCAGGAUUCAUCCUGCUAAAUAUAGCUGCCUAGCGGGUCAGUGGCUAUAUCAGGGUGAGGCGGAUUAGAGUCAGCAGCAAGAAACCCGCAGUCCCUGAGCAUCAUCCCGGGUGGCUGUGGCCAUCAGUGGCUGAGAGGCCAUGGGACAGCUCAGGGCCACCAGGCAGAGCUCAUCUCCCUUGCCCAGGCCUUUCCUUUCUGGCUACAGGUGUCCAGCUCAUCCUUGCUCCCUCUGGCUCCACCAGCAUCCAAUCGGUUUCAGGGCAGGGAAGUGGUUUGUCACCUCCUACAGCUCUGGUUACCCAGAACGGGUCACAGGCAGUCUGCUUUCUGGAGGUGAUGAGCACCCCGAGGCGCUGGCACAGCUGAAGGGACACGGGACCUUCAAGUCUCACUGCUUUUGGUUACCAUUAACCCAUGCAGGAGACUCGCAGCAAUGGUUUUCCCUCACUCCCUGCCUCAGUUUCCCCAGCUGGGAACCAGAACCAACACUUCCAUGUGUUUGGGGAAGUCCCUUGCAUCUCUUCAGGAGGAUUUGCUGACAGAAGCAACAUGCAUCCUCCCAUCCCACCCAAACUCCAGGGGAGUUCUGGUGUUAAAAUCCCAGGGGAAGGAGCUAAAACAGGCCAGUGGUGACUGCAAGCCUGAAUAGAGGGAAUGGUGGUGGUAAUGCUGUGCUGCUUGCAGCCCUCUAGCCCCACAUCCCCUCAGCAGCAUCCCAAGGGGAUGAGUCAGGAGCAUCCCUACAAGUGCCCAAGGGUUUUGGGGGGGGCAGGACUGACCUUGGCUGCAUCGCGGAUCUGGAGGUGUGAGAGCAUCGUGUCCAGGUCAGCUCCCACCUCUCCACCUCCCCACGUGUCACAGGGGAAUGAGAGCGUGAGUGAAGGGUGGUGGUGGGAACUCAUUCCCUCGCUCCUGUUGGGAUGAUGCGUUGAGGAGCACUUUGGGAAAAGCAGAUAAUAGCUGUGAAGACAAAGAUACCCGAGAUUGCUGCUUAAUUAAUUCAGCUGAAGAAGAAUAUCAGGCUCUCGUACUGAUUCACCCCCUAGCAAAAGACAGCGUGUUCCUCAGCCUUCGUUGACAUAUGGCUGUUGUUUCCAGCCCACCAGCAGCUCCCGCUCCAUGGCAGGCAGGCACUGGGAAUGCCGCCUGUCCUGGGUGAUUUAGACGGAGCAGGCAGGUGGGGGUCAGCGUGGAUGGACAAGGUGGGUAGGGCAGGACUGAGGAGUGAGUGCCCGUGACUUUGCUGUGUUCUGCUCUGCCCAUCCCCUGCCACCCCAGGGUUAUCACUGAGAGCAGGAUUUAGCUCCUGAGUCAGGAUGAGCAAAGCAGGGUCCUGCCUUGUGACUGCUCUCCUCUCCUCUCCUCGCCCCUCCUCGCUCUGCCUCUCCCUGCUUCUCCCUCAAGCACACAAAACCUGCCGGAAAGCCUCCCAAACACCUGACAGAGGAGUCAGAACCCAGCCCCAGCAGGGGCUGGUGGUGCUGCUGGUGGUCCCAGUGCUGUCCCCAGCAAGAGAAAGGGCAGUGCCAUUACCUGUACAGCAAUGGGGGUUUGUCCACAGGCUCCAAGGGCCGUGAGCAGCCUCAGCUGUGAGGGAUGGUCCUUGAGCCCUCCCUGCAGAGGUGUCCCUCCCGGUGACCUGCAAGCACAAGGAACAGUCCCCAGCCUGGAGGAUGCGGUGUUAGAUGAGGGAACACUGGGUAGGGGUGGGCACAGCCAGGAACUCCCUAAGCCCAAGGGAUGGAUCCCGGGAUCUGCCCAUCUGGAUGUGCUCCCCUCCUGCUGCCCCAAGAGCCCCAUGGGACUGUGGCACCAUCCCAGCUCAGCCCAGGCAGGCAGCGCUUGGCGGUGCUGUUCUCCCAGCGCACUGUGGAGGAGCAGGACCGGCCCCUGUGGCACCCAGCCUGUUCCCGGCUCCCUCCCUGCUCGCCAGCCUGUGCUGCUUGUUCUUGGCUGCCUCCUGCAAGCAGUCCCCGUGCGAUCCUCAGCCCCUUCACCGCAGCCAUGGCAGAGGGAGAGGAUGCGGCUGCCUCCCGGAGCAGCGGCCAGGUGCUGUGCAGGAGUGACCAGGGCAUCCUCAUGGCAGAGCUGCAUCCUCCCGAGCCCUGCCCCGGCAAAAGGAUAUUGCUGCUAAAUUCGCUGCUGGGUGUCUUUGUGAGUAUUCCCUCUGCUCUCCUUCCUGCUCCUUAGGCAAGGCAAGGACUCAGGAUGCCCAGGGAUAUGGGGGGAGGAGCUGCAGGUGAUGGUCUGGCUGCUGCUGGGCUCUAUGCAGCACUUGCAAGGGUUGAGAUCUUGGCCAAGAAGCCACUUGCUUUGGACACCAAAUGCACUCAGGAACGUGAGGCUCAGGAGCAGUGUGCUGGCUCCCACUAAUCCAUAUGCAGCUUUCCCAGCCUGGCUGAGAGCACUCUAGUGCAGCUCAGCAGGAAUUCCUCCUUGCUUCUCCAUGCUAAGCCCAUCUGCAGCUGCCACCCUGUAAAGGCAAAGCCCAAGCCUACCAUUUGCUCUGUGUGUUAUGUGGCAUCACCAGGUGAUCCAUCUCGUGGUUGAGAUGCUCUGACCAGGGCUCUGUAGGUGUUCAGGGUUGGAUUCUGCACCUCCCAGCACCAGCACACACCAAAUGUGCUGUGAUUUUGUGGCCAUCCAGAGAUUUUCUUUGCCAUCCCAGCAGGGUUUCUGCAUGUGAAAGGGAGGGAAGAUGCUGCAUCGCUGCUUUGCUGGGGCAUCAACAGGCACCAUUCUUGCUUCUGCAGUUACUGGCUGCUCCUAAACCUCCCUUUGUGCUGGGGAAGAGGAAUAACAAAGCCUCAUCCCAAACAUCCUGACAUUUAUCAAGUCCUUUAUCAGGAAUCAGGGCUGUGCCUGGCAGCCGCAAAAGGCUGUGAGGGAAGCAGAUGGGCUUUGGGACAGCCCCAAAAGGGGGAGCUGGGAAGCAGAGGGUGUUUUCCAGAGUGCCUUGUGCAGCUGGGGACUUUUCCCACCCUGCCAACAGUGAUGGGAAGUGACCUCUGGCUCCUGAGCUAAAACAAGAUGUGAUGCUAUGAGAGACCCAAAGAUGAUGUCCCUCAGUAACCUGCCCACAGGCAUCCAUGGCCUGGGCUUGGCCAGGCUGCAAACUCCAGCCUGUCUGCAGUGUCCCUGUGGCUCCAGGACGAUCCCUGCUCCUUCUGAUCCUUCCCUCUUCAGGCUGAGCACCACAUGGUAGGCACAGCUGGUUCCUGCUCCUGGCAGCUGGGACUUCCUUGGGGAAUCUGCUCUUCUCUGUGCUUCGGGUACAGAUGGUACCAUAGCUGCUGCUGAUGGGCGAGCGUACAGGAACGGGGCUCAGCACUGCAUGCGCAAAGGUUGCUCACACAGAUGGGGAUGGGAGGCUUUUGCCUCCAAGAUCCUGUCCUCCUGAGAGGACAGACUGAGAAACACAGUGCUUGGUGCAGCCUGUCCCUUGCGCCCAAACACUGUCAUCCAAACCCCUGCCAGGCAUGGCUGAGGACACCCUGUGCAGGAAGCUGGGGCCACAGCAUCCAGAGCCUGGGCUAAAGGCAUCCAAGGGUUUUAGCUCCUGGUGUUGAACUCUGCUUUGGCAGCUUCACAUCACGGAUCGGUCCAUGAGAGCCUGCUCCAGCUCUGCCUCCUCCCUGCUCCUUGUGUCCAGGGCUGCAAGCACAGGUUGGGAGGGCUAAAGGUGAUCCAAGGAAAUGCCUUCCUGGCUCCGAGCAGCCCCAGCGAGGCUGCUGCUGCGCUGGUUUCCUCCUGUCACAUCACUGAGGUUAUCUGAGCAGUGCAGGCAGCCCCUGUUCCAGAGCUGUCAGAGCCCAGCAAGGGAAGCAUUCCCACCCGGAAGCUCUGCUGGCAUCGCAAGGGUGUUUGGUGGCUGUGGUGAGGUUCAGGGAAGCUCCAUUCACAGAAUAAGAAGGGACCAAAGGGAUGGUGCUUUUGUGGAGCUGUGGAACCAAACCUUCCCAAUCCAUCCCUGCCAGGGCAGGGUGAUUUGGGUGGCAGGGCCAGCUCCAUCACAGGCAAUGCUGAGCACCAUCACUCAGAGGUGCAGCAUGGCACCGAGCCUCCAAGGCAGCAGGUUCCCCUCUCAGGGCAUGGAUGGAUGUAGGGGCAGACCGAGAGGUGAUGGGAAGCAGGAGGCUGAGUGGUUCUGGGCUUGGCUCAGCGGUGGGAGCAGCACAGUCUUCCCCAUUAAACAUGCAUCUAGGUCACGAUCAGCUCAUCGGUCCGGCCUGCACAAUUCACUGUGUGCCUGGAAAUGCUUCCUAAGCUGCUGUUGUCUCAUCGUUUGGUUGGGGUUUCAAUGAGAAACAGCUCAAACCAGAGCCGCAAAUGACCCUUCCUCGUGUAGCCCCUGGUCUGGAGCUGUGCUGGUGCCCUGAUCUCUGGCUGUUUCAAACAGCCCCAGCACUGGCUCUGUGCACUGAGGGCUUUGGUGUGGCACAGUGUAAGUCUGGGGGUUGAAUUCUGCUUCCCUCCAUCGCUCAUAUCCAGGCUUGGCCACAUCACUUGCAAGCAGUGGCCACAUCACCCUGCUCUGUGCAACCCCAUUGGUUUGGGCUCAGAUCCACAGCUCUGGAUCUCCUUUCCCACCCAGGAAUCUUGCUUUAGCCCCUCACCAGCUCCACUGGCCCCAGCAAUAAUGCGGUGCCUGGAGGGCGACUCAAAACUGCCACCAGCUCCUGCAAACCCAGAGCUCACUGCUUGCUUUUUGGCUGUCCCAUUUAACAUCUCCAGCACUUGUGUCUGCUCAGCCGGCUGGAUGUGUUUGUUCCCUGGGCAUCGCGUGUUCUCCCAUAUGCUCCGUGCAGCCUUCCCCAUCACUCUCCAUGGUGUGAGUGGGCUGGAUCCGGGUCCAUCCCACUGCAUGGUGUUGGCCAAGACCCCACCAGGUCCUGGCACAAGCGGCUUUUACCUUCCUCAGGCUUCCCAGUCCCUGCUUGACCACUGCAUUUGUCCUGUGUCGGUCCCGCCGGGGCUGUGCUCUCUGCCUCUCCCGAGCUCCGUGCCCUGGUACGUGACACAGCAGAAGAGAAGCGCCGGUCCCGACCCCCUGCGUCAGGGCACAGGCAGCGGAUGGGGCUGGAGGCGUGUGAAUGCCCCGCACAGGAACGGGGGGGUGCGUUACAGCUCUGACAGCUCCGGCGCUGGGAGCUGUAAACAGCGCUGGCGCGAUUCCCGGCUCGGCGAUCCCACCGCAGCCAUCGGCUCCAGCCCGGCGCGCUCGGGGACACGGGGGCUGCUCCGGGGGUUUCCUCUUCCCCCCUCGCUGCUACCCCCAAACACUGCUGCCGGAGCUGCCGCUGUGCCCCGGCCAUGGCAGCCGGCGCUGCCCGUGCAUCACUGCCCGGCGCCGGGACGCAGCGGGGACACGGCCGAGCUGCCCACACCGAGUAACCCUGGGGGACCCGAGCGCUGCCGGCGAUGGAGCUGGACAAGGGGGAUGUGACCGCACUGAGCCUGCCCUCAGCCACCGGGCACGGUGACACCGAUGGCACCAUCUGCCUGGACGUCCCCGAGGGCACCCCCGACCCGCACAGGACCAAAGCUGCCAUCGAGCACCUGCACCAGAAGAUCCUCAAGAUCACGGAGCAGAUCAAGAUCGAGCAGGAGGCCCGGGAUGACAACGUGGCCGAGUACCUGAAGCUGGCCAACAACGCGGACAAGCAGCAGGCGUCCCGCAUCAAGCAGGUCUUUGAGAAGAAGAACCAGAAGUCGGCUCAGACCAUCGCGCAGCUCCACAAGAAGCUGGAGCACUACCACAAGAAGCUGAAGGAGAUCGAGCAGAACGGCCCUUCCCGGCAGCCCAAGGAUGUUUUCCGGGACAUGCACCAGGGUCUCAAGGACGUGGGUGCCAACGUUCGCUCCAGCAUCAGCGGCUUCAGCGGUGGUGUGGUGGAAGGCGUCAAGGGGGGGCUCUCGGGGCUGUCGCAGGCCACGCACAGCGCCGUGGUCUCCAAGCCGCGGGAGUUCGCCAGCCUCAUCCGGAACAAGUUCGGCAGCGCAGACAACAUCGCACACCUGAAGGACACGUUGGAUGAUGGGCACCCAGAGGAGGCCUCGCGCGCGCUCAGCGGCAGUGCCACGCUGGUCUCCAGCCCCAAGUACGGCAGUGAUGAUGAGUGCUCCAGUGCCACCUCUGGCUCGGCUGGAGGCAGCAACUCCGGGGCAGGAGCCGGGGGGCUGGGGAGCCCCAAGUGCAACACGCUGGACAGCCACCACAAUAACUUCGACACCAUCCUGGAGGAGCUGCGGGAGAUCAAGGACAGCCAGUCGCAUCUGGAGGACUCCAUGGAGGACCUCAAGGCGCAGCUGCAACGGGAUUACACCUACAUGACGCAGUGCUUGCAGGAGGAGCGGUACAGGUAUGAGCGCCUGGAGGAGCAGCUCAACGACCUCACCGAGCUGCACCAGAAUGAAAUGACCAACCUGAAGCAGGAGCUGGCCAGCAUGGAGGAGAAGGUGGCCUACCAGUCCUACGAGAGGGCACGGGACAUCCAGGAGGCAGUGGAGUCCUGCCUGACGCGGGUGACCAAGCUGGAGCUGCAGCAGCAGCAGCAGCAAGUGGUGCAGCUGGAAGGGGUGGAGAACGCCAAUGCCCGGGCGCUGCUGGGCAAGUUCAUCAACGUGAUCCUGGCCCUGAUGGCCGUGCUGCUCGUCUUCGUCUCCACCAUCGCAAACUUCAUCACCCCGCUCAUGAAGACCCGCAUGCGCAUCCUCAGCACCGCCCUGCUCGUCCUCUUCCUCUUCUUCCUCUGGAAGCACUGGGACUCCAUCAGCUACUUCCUGGAGCACGUCCUGCUCCCCAGCUGAUCCACAGCCGGGCGGCUGCAGCCCCGGGGGGCUUUCCAUUUCCUGCAGAGGAGAGGGCUGGGGGGACCAUGGUCCAAAGCCUUCAGGUUGCUUCUUCACACACUCAGUUCUGUUGCUUUCCCAUCUCUCCAUCCUCGCUGCAGCCAGCAGUGAGCACUCAGAGUGUGUUGAAGCUGGGAUCUGUUUGUCUCCUGGGAUGUUUAAGGAGGGUGGGAUAGGGAAUGAAGAGGAGUUUUGGAAGAAACUGGUUAUUUAUGGGGUGCAGGGUUUUUCUAGGGUUUUGGGGGUGUUUUCUAAGUGUAAUUGUGUUCUGAAGGUCUGUGGGGAGGUCUGCUGAGGUUUUCUGUGGUGGGAAGGGUUGAGCUGGACCAAACCCAGCUCCAUGCAGACUUUCUGCAGAGAGAAGCAUGGGGUUGGCUAAGGCUGGAGUUUCCCUUUCAUCCUUGACAACCAAGCCAGCAAAAUCUCGGUCCUGGGAUAGAGCAAGAGCGAAAGCAAAGCAGGUGCUGAAGGAGAACACGGGUUCAAGGCGAACGCAGCCUCUCCCAACCCCAGCACAGCGCAGGCAGCACAGAGCAGGGCUGUGACACUGUCCCUGUGUGCCCACAGGGGCCUGGGCAGACACAGGGGACCCGAUGCUGGAGUGGGCUCUGGCACAAGCGAAAUCCCCUCCACUGCUUCCCCCUCUGUUAUUUAUUUCCCCUUCCUUUGGCUGCAGCUGAUCUGAUCUCUUCAGGGACCCUCGACUUGCAUCCCGCAGCCCCUGCACCGCGUCCUCUGUGUGUGUGUGUGUGAGCUCCCAUUUAACCCAAGACUGUUCCCAUUUGUGAACCGAAGCUGGGGGAGCAGGAGGAGGCGAGCAGCCGCCUUGGCAGCCCCUGCGGCCCUGUGCCAGAGCCCAGCAUGCUGGCUCCGAUGGGCAGAGAUGAUUUCAUACAUAUAUAUUUAUGUAAUAUAUCUAUACACACACAUAUAUAUAAAUAUAUAUAUAAA